AUGAAGUACACUUCAAUCGUCACUGUUUUGGUCACUCUAACUUUACUUCAAAUUCAUCAAAAAUUUAUCUAUGGUGAUGGGAACUGCUCAGGUAAUCCAAAAGUUCUAUUCCUAUCUCUUGAUGGAUUUCGCUAUGACUACUUUGAUUUGGCUGAACAAAAUAAUAUCAAUCUGUCAGCGUUUAAAAAAAUUCAACAGUCUGGCGUUUAUGUGCACAGGUUGACAAAUAUCUUCCCAACUUCAACAUUCCCAUCGCAUUAUACUAUGGCGACUGGACUUUAUCCUGAAAGUCAUGGAAUAGUCGAUAAUGUUUUCUAUGAUCCAAUUAUAAAUGCCACAUUCUAUUCAAGAGAUCCUAAAUCAUUAAAGGAUUCUCGGUUUUUUAACGUGGUGCUGAACCGAUAUGGGUAA